AUGUCUCUUAUGUGCACAUUCUACAAUCCCUCAGAGCUCGACAAGCUAUUUGACGAUGCUUUCAAUGCUCGCUUACGUCCCUUCCCUAACCACGAGGGUAGUACUGUUUUGACUCGCCGGGAUCGGGCGUUCCCCAGGAUGGACCUACAUGAGAACACCGAGACCAAGACUGUAACUGCGACAUUCGAGCUUCCUGGUCUCAAACAAGAAGAUGUCAACGUAGAGGUCCACGGAAACCGCUUGACCAUCUUCGGAGAGUCAAAGCGUUCGGAGAACUAUGACAAGGGCGGUUAUGUGGUGCAAGAGCGUUCAUAUGGCAAGUUCUCCAGGACCCUUCAGAUUCCUCAAGGAAUCAAGGCUGAGGAUGUCCACGCGAUGAUGGAGGACGGAGUGCUCACUGUUAGCUUCCCGAAGGCUGGACGGGACCAGCAACCUCAGCGUGUUACGAUCGCGUGA